AUGAACAUAUAUGACACAAUCAUAAGUAGCGUGAAUGAUAAUUAUGGUGAAGUUUUUUUCCUAUAUGGCUAUGGUAGAACCGGUAAGACAUUCAUCUGGAGGGUGAUUCAUGUUGCAAUUAGAUCAAAGGGAGAUAUUGUUUUGACGGUGUCCUUGAGUGAAAUAUCAUCAUUACUUAUUCCUGGUGGAAGGACAGUCCAAUCAAGAUUCGCCAUACCAAUAAACAUCAUUGAGAAUUCUACGUGUCGUAUUAAGCCAGAUGAUCCUUUAGCUGAAUUAAUUGUUAAGUCAAAGCUUAUUAUUUGGGAUAAAGCUCAUAUGAUUCAUAAACAUUGCUUUGAAGAUGUUGAUAAAUCAUUUAUGGAUAUACUUAGAAUCUCCAAUCCAAGAAGUAUGAAUCUUCCCUUUGGAGAAAAAGUUGUUGUCUUGGACGGUGAUUUCAGGCAAAUUCUUCUUGUUAUUCCGAAAGGGACGAGACAAGAUAUUGUACAUGCUAGCAUUAACUCUUCGUAUUUUUGGCAAUUUUGUGUUCGGAUCUCAAUGACAUAA